AUGUCUGGCUGGUUAGAUGAAGCUGCUCGUGAUGUCGGCCAAGCGAUCGGCGGUGGUGAUAAAGACUUCAACCAGGCCGGCCAGGACGUGCGCCAAGACUGGAACCAGACAGGGCAAGAUAUCCAGAAUGCGCCCGACAAUGCAGCCAACUGGGCUGGGCAGCAGGUUGGCGACGUGGACCGCGACGCGAACCAGGCGGGCCGGGAUGUCAGCAACUUUGAUCAGGGUGUGCAAAACAGUUACGACCAGGGAGAGCAGCAGGGCUAUAGUGGAAACUGA